CUGGUGCGAACUCUAGCAUACACAUAUUACACCUAACCCAUUCCUGACCACUUUUGAAAUUCACAAAGAUACAAAAUACUGACUCUCGGACUGCUCAUCCACUAAAUCUCAUUAUAUUGCUCAUCAAUUUUUGACUUGCUGACAAAUAGCAAGACAAACUUUCAACAACAAGGCAGAUAAUCUGAUCAGUGAUAGAGAAUGAUGGACUCGCUACCGCCCGCCGGAGGAAACCAACAACCACCUUCGUCAUCAUCUUCAAAGACGGCGAAAUUGGAUGCUCCGCUGCACGCAAUCGGCUUCGAAAUUGACGACCUUUCACCUCAUAAAGUCACCGGUCACCUUCUAGUCACCCCAAAGUGCUGUCAGCCGUUCAAGGUGUUACACGGAGGGGUUUCCGCUCUGAUAGCGGAGGCGCUGGCAAGCAUAGGAGCCCACCUGGCAUCCGGCUUCCGGCGAGUGGCAGGAAUACACCUUAGCAUCAACCAUCUCAAGAGUGCCCAAUCCGGUGACCUUGUUCUUGCCGAAGCAACUCCUGUCAAUGUUGGCAAAACCAUUCAGGUUUGGGAGGUGAGCCUCUGGAAGCGCGAUUCUUUGAAGUCUGAGAAGAAAACAUUGAUAUCAUCGUCAAGAGUGACUCUUCUUUGUAACAUGCCUGUGCCGGAAACUGCUAAAGAUGCUGGUGAAAAUCUCAAAAAAUAUGCAAAAUUAUGAGUUCAAUUCAAUGUAAUGUAUUUCUGCAAUUGUUAAAACAUAAUUUAGCUCAAAUUCAUUAAGUAUACAAGUACAAUCAAAUGAAGCAUCUUCCUGUUGUGCAA